AUGUGUGAGAUGGAUUCUUUUCAGAAAGUGGAAAAAAUCGGAGAGGGUACAUAUGGGGUGGUGUACAAGGCAAAGAACAAAAUUACGGGUGAGACUGUUGCCCUCAAGAAAAUCAGGCUGGACACAGAGACAGAGGGUGUCCCAAGCACUGCCAUUCGAGAAAUUUCGCUUUUGAAGGAACUGAAUCACCCCAACAUCGUGAAGCUGCGUGAUGUAAUCCACACCGAAAACAAGCUAUACCUGGUGUUCGAAUUUCUUCAUCAGGACCUCAAGAAGUUUAUGGACUCAUCUUCAGUCACUGGGAUAUCCCUUCCACUUGUUAAAAGCUACUUGUUCCAGCUGCUGCAGGGUUUGGCUUUCUGUCACUCUCACCGGGUCCUUCAUCGAGACUUAAAACCGCAAAACCUGCUUAUCAACGCUCAGGGAGAGAUCAAACUGGCUGACUUUGGCCUGGCCAGGGCAUUCGGCGUGCCUGUCCGCACCUACACCCAUGAGGUGGUUACAUUGUGGUACAGAGCUCCAGAGAUUCUUCUGGGGUGUAAAUAUUACUCUACAGCUGUUGACAUCUGGAGUUUGGGCUGUAUCUUUGCUGAAAUGAUCACCAGGAGAGCUUUGUUUCCUGGAGAUUCAGAGAUUGACCAGCUCUUCCGGAUUUUUCGGACGCUGGGCACUCCAGACGAAUCCGUCUGGCCUGGUGUCACCUCAAUGCCUGACUACAAGCCUUCCUUCCCCAAGUGGGCACGACAAGAUCUCUCCAAAGUGGUGCCACCUCUGGAUGAGGAUGGUAAAGACCUUCUCGGGCAAAUGCUGAACUACGACCCCAACAAGAGAAUCUCGGCCAAAAAUGCCCUCGUUCACCGGUUCUUCCGUGACGUCACAAUGCCGGUGCCACCCCUGCGGCUGUGA